ACAACGACGGCCACCAGCUUCCUGCAGGACCCGCUGACGGUCAAGCCGGGCAUGAAGCUGUUCCCCAACUACACGCCUCCGAUUCCACCCCACCACCACCACCACCCCCUCGCUGAGAAUGGUGGGUUGCCGGGGGGUGGUGGUGGGGGUGGUGGUCCCGCCAACCACCACUACCACCAGAUCACCUAUCAGACGCACCAGCAAACGCUCGCUCCGCUCCGACUGAACCAGGACCACUUCCUGCCGCCCCGGGACAAGACGAAUACCAUCGGGUCCUUGGGGGUCCUGGGGGGUCCUUCGUGUCCGCGGUCUGGCCAACAGCCGGCCAAGUAUCAGACCCACCAUCACCACCAUGGCGGCGGCGGACCUUCACCACGGGGACGGGGAGGACGAUGA